AUGAACCAAUAGUCUAUAAAAUAUCUGAUCACUCAAAUUAGAAAGGUGAACAAUUAGGAAGACAAAACAAUUGGAGAAGUAUUAAAUGAUAUUAAAAUUAAUAAAAGUUUUUAUAAUUAGUUCGAUAAAUGUAUGAUGUAAAAUAGAAAGGGGAUUGUAUGAAUUUAAUAUCUAGUGGUUUUACAAGUGUACUUUUAGAAAUAAUUUUCAAAGUAUUUUCAUUAUUUUUGAAAUAUAGUUGAAUGUUAUAGAUGAAAAUGAUAGAAUGGAAGCAUUUUUAUUUUAUAGGGAUCUAUUACAAUAUGAAUUUUAAAAUGCAGAUCGAUAAUUAAGAAAAUCAGAUGAUUAAUUGGAAUCAUAUAGACUAAUCAAAUUAUUACCUAAAUAACUAUAUGAAGUAUUCUAAAUGUUCAUUAAAUAUAGCUUUUUUUGGAUGAUGGAGAUGAAACAGCCAUUUUUAGUAAUUUUUCUAGAGAAUGGAAUACACCUAAUUUGGUAUGGACUUAAACAAUGAUGAAAGAAAUGUUGCUUAUUUAUAUUGAGUAUACAAAUGGUAUAUUUUAGAUAUAAUAAUCAAAUUUUGAAAAAACCUUCUAACGAUUAUGCAUAGAUUUUCCCUAUAAAUUCACCAUUGUAUAUUUAUAUGAUUAAUUAAUAGAUUUCCUGAAUAAAGAAAUGAAACCUUUGUUGAAAAUAUGAUGCUUAAAGAAUAUAAUUUAUAACCAAAUUGGUAAACUGAUGAAGGACUUAUUGUAUUUAUGAAUGAAUUAAUUGAAUCAAUCAAUUAGUCACUUCGACUAUAUUUGGAAGGAAAUUUCAUUAAUUCUGAAUCAUCUAUAAAGUAAUUUGAGAGAUUAUCUUGUAAAUUAUUAACUCAACUUACUUCAUUUGAAUUAGCAUUAGAAUAGUUUUUUUUCAAUUCAUCACAUCCUGAAUUCGAAAAUGAAAUGAAAUUAUUAGAAGAUUAUGAUUAAUCUUAAAUCAAUAAAUUAUUAUAAGAAUAAAGAGAUACUAUUCCUAUAAUGAUUGUAAAGAGUGUUUAGAAAUGGUUAGAAUUAAUAAAUGUAGAUCAUAUUGUUAUUAACCCUUUAAUUAAAUCUUGCUUAAUUUAAAUUCAUUAUAUUUUAUCAUAAUCAGAAGUAGCUUUAGUUAUUCUAGAUGAAAUUGAUAUUCUACAUAAAUCUUUGAAUAUUUGUCUUAAAAUUAUUAAUAGUCAAUAACAUAAAUGUAAUAUUAUAAUUAUAUUAAUAAGAUGAUAAAUUGUUAACAUUAGUGACAAUAUGUGAUAUGAUCACUUUCAAAUUUUUGAUUUCAAAAUUAGACUCAAAGCAUUUCAAUUAAAUAAUUUCAAUCUAUUAAACAGUUAUUAAAGAUGAUUAAAUGAUAAUUAAUGCUUUUAAAAAUUUGAUUGCAUUAAUGUAUACAGAUUCUUCUGUUGCUGGUGAUUUUAAUAAAUAUCUACUUUAAUAGAGUGUACCAAUCUAAUCAAGUGAUUUAAAGAUAUUAUAAAAUAAAGAAUUUAAUAAAUUAAAUUUAUGGAGAAAAUAAUUUGAUGAAAAUUACAAAAUUCCUAUUUAUGAAUAAUUAUCUAAAUCUACUAAAGAAUAUCCUGUAUUUCCUAUAAUUUCAGAAUGUGCACUUUAAUAAUUACCACAUAAAUCUGAAAUUCUAGAGAAUAGAUUGAAAAUGAUAGAAAAAUAUUAUGAUGAAUAUAUUUUCAAUUUGUAAUAAGGAAAAAUAAUUGAAAUAAAUAUGAAUUUAAAUUCGCAAUAUGAACCUUAAACAGAGUAAAUUUCCCUUAGACAAUCCUCAAUUGUAAAGGAAUAAUCAGAUGAUAUAUUGAUAGGUGAAGAUGAAAUAUUUUCAUGA